GGUCGCUGGCUUUUGGUUUAGCCUCAUUUUAAGCGCAUCAUUCCUCUCAUUGACUCUACAGCUGUUUUAAUUUUUUCAAGUGACAAUUAUCAGUUUUUUUUCUCAAUGGAAUUUCUUCUUGAAACUUAUAGAUCCUACUUUUCCAGUAAUACAAGAUAAGUGUGUCAACAAGGCAAGUGUUAGCCAAGUGAACCCGUUUCUCCGGUGUUUCUGGAUUUGGGGUGUCUAUUUUGGUUUCAGUCUUGACUGACUUCUGUCGACCCGUUUUAUACAGAGAAAUUAUUACUGUUUACUUUCCAAUAGUGGGUUAAUUCUGGCUGUGGGCAAUAUCUCCAGCAGAGGCGCUGAGAGCAGCCGAAGCUCGAGCAUAAUUUUUGCUGUCCUAUUUUUUGAGCGUGCUGCUGCUGACCGGCACGAGUUUCCGAGAGCGUUACGCAUUGAGUCUACAAGUUUCAGCGGUUGCCUGUGUGAUUUUCUUACGGGUCUACCUCGAGAUUCCCCACAUAUGCCCGCUGCUGUGUGUUGUUUUCCGUUGGUCAUCUUGUUUUGAGUAAAACGGAGCCCUACUCUGUGUGACGUCAGUGGCUUAAACCUAAUUGAAAACAUUCCGUUAGUGCUGCCCGUGUGUCGCGCACUGUCCGAAAUGAAUGAAACUCAGACAAUGAACGUCGUCGCCAGUUGCAUACUGGUGGCGACGUUAUCCUACUGGUUCAGCCCGGAUGCCCUAACCAAAUUGCGGGACUACAUUGCAGGCACGUUCGGUAGCGCUGACAUGCCGGAGCCAGGGACCCCGCGACGGAGUCCUCAAGGUAUCCCCUACGACGAACUGCAGCACAUAGUCAACGCCGACGGAGAACAUUUAUUCUGUCGUUACUGGGAGCCCGAUGUUCCUGCAAGGGCGCUGGUGUACGUGGCCCAUGGAGCCGGCGAGCACAGUGGGGCCUACAACGACGUGGCCCAGAGGCUCACCCCGCACGCUCUGCUGCUCUUCGCCCAUGACCACGUGGGCCACGGGCAGAGUGAGGGAGAGCGUUUGACUGUUAAAGACUUUCAGAUUUUCAUCAGAGACUCUCUGCAGCACAUUGACAUCAUGAGGCAACGCCAUCCCAGCUUGCCUGUCUUCAUCCUUGGCCACUCUAUGGGUGGUGCUAUCUCCAUCCUCACUGCGUGUGAGAGGCCGCAGGAAUUUGCUGGAGUUGUUCUUAUUGCUCCUAUGGUGCAGAUGAACCCCGAGUCAGCCACUCCUUUCAAGGUGUUUCUGGCCAAGAUGCUGAAUCACAUGAUGCCUAAUCUCUCCCUGGGCUCCAUUCAGUCCAAAUGGGUCUCCCGGGACCCCAAGCAGGUGGAGGCGUACGACUCUGACGAGCUGAACUACCACGGAGGCAUGCGGGUCUCCUUUGGAAUGCAGCUCAUGGAGGCUGCCAACCGCAUUCAGCGCAACAUUCCGGACAUCACGUGGCCCUUCCUGCUUCUCCAUGGCGACGCCGACAAGCUGUGUGACAUCAGGGGCUCCCAGCUCAUGCACAGCCAGGCCAAGAGCUCCGACAAGACACUGAAGAUAUACGAAGGAGCCUACCACGCCCUCCACCACGACCUCCCUGACACGGCGGAGGCCACGAUGAAGGAGCUGACCAGCUGGAUACUAGAGCGCUUGACCUCCUCCGCUCCUGCUACCCAAUCAGAAUCAGUGAAGCAGUAAAAACGCUGUUAGCCCUCAGUUUACCCUGCAGCACUGUAUCAGUGGGCCAAAAAAUCUCUUUAUGUCCCAGCCACAGACUCUCUCUCUGUGUCUCUCUGUCUCUCUGUCUCUCUCUCUCUCUCUCUCUCUCUCUCUCUCUCUCUCUCUCUCUCUCUCUCUCUCUCUCUCUCUCUCUCUCUCUCUCUCUCUCUCGCACACACACACAACACACACACACACACCCUAUACAUCUAUACAUCCCAUUUUGUUCCACAGAAGCUCAAUGAAGGUCAGCGGGUCAUUCAGAACAUGCCAGUGUGACCUUCGACCCCUUGUAGUAUAUGUUGAGCUGCUUGUCUCAGCAUGAGGACAGGGAUUUGAGUGUGUGUGUGUGUGUGUGUGCGCGUGCGUGUGCGUGCGUGCGUGUGUGUGUGUGUGUGUGUGAAUAUGUGUGUGUCUGAGGGAGAGAGUGUUGUGUUGUGUUGUGGUGUAGUGUGUUGUGAUGUGACGGGAUGUGUGCUUCAAAAGACAGCAGCACAGCGGGCCAUGUCUAACAUGUCCACCGUGGUAAUUGGCCAGGCGACCAUAAUGAGCCAAGUCAGCGCAGAACAGCGCACCCCAUUGUGUGUUGCUGCGGUAACAGCUGCCUUUUUGUCUCUCAGGAGGAGGAAGUGCAUUGUCGCUGUCUGUGUGUGGCACUGCUGCCCCUAGAGGCUACAGGCAGUGUUGCAUGCAGCUUAAAACGGUUGCCACAGCAACUACAGCAUGGAGGAAAGUGAAUGGGGUUCCAUUAGCUGUCUCAAAAAGAGGCUGAACAGUGUGUGCCUAGUUCAUAAGCUUUCCCCCUGUCGCAAACAACCCCCCAUUCACCUUAAAUGGAAACACACUGAAGCACUAUUUUGAUAGCACCACGCUUGUGUUAAGCAUGCACUUAAAUAAUUGUCAUUGGCCUAUAAGCAGCUACAACACAUCCCUUGUUACACACCCAGCACUCGAACUGAGAGGAUUUUCCACUUGGCUCCCCCGAUGAUGAAGGAUGAUGGCGUGGCCGCCGUGUUAAGAUAGAAGUACAUGACUGUUCAGUGCUGUUCUUGUUAUGAGCAAUAUAGGUGCACUGUAAUGACAGACUGUGACACACGACUGUUCCCAGAACUGUGAACUACUACUACUAAAGUCCUAUUCCCAUCACCAGCUGAGAGGAAGGCUAAUAGACUGUUGGGGAUAGACUGUCUUUUAUCAAUGGAGGUUUGUAUGUGGUGCGUGCGUGUGUGUGUGUGUGUGUGUGUGUGUGUGUGUGUGUGUGUGUGUGUGUGUGUGUGUGUGUGUGUGUGUGUGUGUGUGUGUGUGUGUGUGUGUGUGUGUGUGUGUGUGUGUGUGUUUAAGGGUGAGAACAGUGUAAGCUCUUCCAAGCAUAUGGAUACAGGGAAACGUGUAAAAUGUUAACAAACUAUCUUAUUAACUGCCAGAAGUGUGAAUAAUCAGGAAUCACCAAUAUUAUCAUACCGCAGCAAUAGAUUUCAGUUCAAAUGAUCAGGGCUGCAGUGGCCCAAUCAGAGCUUUGUAUCAGUAAUCAAUAGAAGGGUCCACAUGUGUACCAGCUUAAAACACACACAGCCUUCAUUCGUACACACACACACACACACACACACACACACACACACACACACACACACACACACACACACACACACACACACACACACACACACACACACACACACACACUCUUAGAAGGCAAUUUACUCAUUGUCAAAUAGAUGCGAUGGCUUUUAUACUACUGUGGCAUUGAAUUUUCCUCUUAACUGACAAAAAAGGAUUCCUUGUUAAAAUACCAUUUGCUACCUUUUUUAAUCUUUGACUUUGUCAUCUAUAUCCCAUCAUGUGAUAUUGGAUUUAAUGUGUGGCAUGGUGAGUUCAUGGUUUCUGAAGUAUAUUUUUAGAUAUUAUUUGCACAAUAGUAACGGACAUUCAGACAUCUCGUGAAGAGACUGAACUGAAAAUGGCGACGUCACUAUGGACUUGUACAAUUAGGUUUUUACAUGUGAAUAACACUUAAAUGUUGCAUGUUUUAAUGUCUCUCUGUCUGUAGGCUACUGCACCUAGCAUCGUGACCUCCACACAUAGCCCUUUUCUUGUGUUUUGUUUCCUAAGCUCAGUAUGAUUCCCAAAAUGCAUUGCUGCAAGGGGUGUUGGCUCGAGCUUGCGUCUGGACUGCGUAGGUAGGCCUUGACUGUGCAUCAGUCAUUGGGUUACAAUAAAAACCUUUUGGCAACAGCUUGUUAGCUUAGUAGCUCUUUGGUCAAGUAAAGAAUAAGGAGGUUCACUAUGAUGGUUGGAGGUGUUAUAAUGAAUUCAUUUUUUUAUAUAUUUGUUCAGAGACAACACAGUACAGUAACUGCUGCUGUGGAAUGAUUUCCUAACUGUGCAGCAAUGAAGUCUCGUUUAAUUAUCCUUCAUUCCAUUGCUGCACUUUAUCUUUAACAGCUGUUUGUUUCUCCCUGUGUCCAUUAAGGGUUGUUGUUUCUAUCUAUCUAUGGUCAGUCCCGUCUUCUUCUGGUGUAUAGUUAUUAUCAACCAUACAAACCUAGCCAGGCCACGGCCUCCUACUGACGCAACACCUUCGGCGUUGCUUCUAGUCCGGCCAAGAGCAAUGUAGAAAUCUUUUCUGAUCUCCAGAAAAAUCGGGACCCACUUUGUCGCAAAAUCCACCCACUUUGUCGCAAACCAGUCAAACAGUAGCAAACCUAGGGAGGCCGGUCAACCAUGCUUUUUGGGAAACGUUAAUUGAUAUGCUCUUGGUCUCGAAGAGAUUUGAAAGUCGAAGAUAAUCAGGCUAACACUGACCCACAAUUUUCCUCAAAGUUCUUUCUGUUUCUCAACUGUUAGUUAGACACUUAGUUUUUCUAUAUUAUGCCCCUACUCUUCAGACACCUGUGUGUGUGUGUGUGUGUGUGUGUGUGUGUGUGUGUGUGUGUGUGUGUGUGUGUGUGUGUGUGUGUGUGUGUGUGUGUGUGUGUGUGUGUGUGUGUAUGUCUGUGUGUGCAUGCGUGCGUGAGUGUGUGUGCGUGCGCAUGGACUAAUAAAGUGUGUGCACACGUAAGGAUACAUAGUAUGUGUAUAUACAGAAAAAAUAUAUAUAAUAGACAUUAUUUUAUUUUAUUUUAUUCGGCUGUGACGUUGCAAAUCUGAAUGUAUUUAUUGUGGUCAGUUUUUAGAGUGUGGGCACAUUGAUGGAGAGUAUGAUUUUUGAGGGAACUCAAAGGCCUUAGGAAGGAAGUGAGUAUUAAACUCUAACAAGAUAUGGCAGGCGCAUGGAACUGAACCCUGAUCUGAACUACCAGUGUUUUACCAUUGGCAGCUGUCAGGCUGUGAAAUUAUAUAUAUAUAAAAAAGUGAAGAACGUGAAUGGCCAGUGGUAUUGCCUUGCCCGGAUACACACGCUUACAAUAACAACACGCACAGCUCAGGCAAUAUGAACUGUUACGCAGCUCACAAAUAAUUGUAUCCAAGAAGCACAUACGGUUAUUAAAGCAAAUAGAAACAUUUUAUUAGCAGUCUUGGUGUUGAGAGUUACACAACCCUGUUACAGACCUUCUAAAAUCAGGGCAAUGGCUCAAUCUGUUAUCUGUACUUUGAGUCCCAGUACAUUGCCAGUUAAAAGUUGUUAAACUUUGUUGACUGUGCUUAACACUGUCCCAGUAUAGCUAUAAUAACUUCACUCACUGUACUUCGAAUUUGAAUUAGUGAAACUGUAUUCAGGUGAGAGAUGACAUUUGAGAUUCUUAGGCAAUUCCAGUCCUCAAUAACCUUCAUUGGCCACAGAGCUGUAUAAAGGCCAGCUGACCCUAUUUUUAUUUCAUUGCUGGCCCUGUCUUUAAGAAAAUGUCAAUAUGUACAACUUGCAGGUAGUUUGUCAAUAUGGACUAGUUUGUGUAGUAGUUUGGAACUACACAAUGCAUCAUUUUCCUGUGACAUUGUCAUUAUUAUUUUUAUGUUUGUUUUAAUAUAUUUUGGACGCAAAUUAUAUUGUAAAUUAUAUUUUAAAUUACUGUGUGAUUCAACUGUGUUUUGGUUCACUCUGGCUCUCUUGAGGGAGGAAUUUCUAUACAUUUUUUUACUAUUACAUUUUUGAAACCUCUGGCACAAAUAAAUAGUUGCAAACAAUCAGAUCCACAUGUCAUUACCAGUAAUACUGAAGGCAUUAUCCUAAACUCUUGGCUGGCAGUACAUGCAUGUAGACCGUGUGCUAUGUAAUGUUUCCAAAAUGUAUUGGAUGUGCAUCAUAAUGAAUGUCUAAUAUUAUAUUGUGCAUCUGAUGGAAUUGCUUACUUGCCAGACAUACUGCAUAUUUCUAAUAAAUAAUGACUGUUAACCCA